UUCAAGCUUUCAACUCAAAUCAAACCAUUUUUUCCACAAUAACAAAAUAAUUGCCCUAAACUUGGGUCAUCCAGACCACUUCCACUUCAUAUUUUUUUUCUCCAUCCGCCAUUCAUCCUCCAUCAUGGACCCUUACCGCUAUCCCACCACCGGCAAACCACCACCACCACCACCUAAAAAACAACUCCAAAUCCAAGGCCCUAGACCUUCAGCACUAAAACUAAACCAAGACUCUCACAAAAUCAAGAAACCACCUCCCCCUCCUCCAAAGCAACCUGUCGUCAUCUAUGCAGUCUCUCCAAAGACCAUCCACACGGAGGAAUCCAACUUCAUGGCCGUCGUCCAACGGUUAACAGGUCUCUCCUCCGGUGACUUCUUCCACGAUGGGUCUGUUUCUCCAGCUGCAAGACUUGCUGCCACUGAGAAAGCAAGUCCAAGAGAAUUAACAAGACCAAGUAACACUCAAGAUAGUAGUGAUGACGAUCUCAUGGAGAUGCUUAAAGAAGUGGGUGCUGGUCAGAUUCCAGGGAUCUUGUCACCGGCACCGGCGAUGUUACCGCCAGUACCAACUGGGUUUUUCUCUCCAGCGUCAACGGAUGCAAAUUCGCAGUCUUUCUUGAAUGAUAAUUUUAAUAUGAGUCCAUUCUUCAUGGCCAGUCCUUCAGGUUUAUUUCCAGGUCCUAGUAUAGUUUCUCCUUUACAUUCUCCUGAUAUUUUUAGCAGCCUGUUCAUGGAUUUCUAGACAAGAAAAAGAAAGAUUGUGAAGAUUUCAGGGUUAGUUUUAGAUUGGGUUCUUGUUUUGACCAAGACAAGAAGGGGCGGUUGGAUUACUUGUAUUGACUGACUUUUUGGCUAGAAGAAGAAAGAUUUAAUAUUAGGGUUUGGAAAAUUAAUUGUAGAUUUUGUUAGUGAUUUGAGGAUUUUGUUAGGUUAAUUGCAACUUAUAAUUGUAGCAAAUUUUGGAGAUAUUUAUUUCUACAUCCUCGAUGGCUAUAGAGCAUUCAACGGGGGUUUAUUGCUCUGGUGGGUUAUUGUGUAAUGAACUCUUUUGGCCCACGCCUCCUUUCUCUUUUACGAGAAAAUAGUUAUUUUA